AGUCACAAUGAAAGACCCCCAGCUUAAUGGUACAGCCAUCACCGAGCGGCAUAUAAUCCGUGCUGAUUCUGCAAGAUAACGGUCAAUCUGGUAUUCUCUGAACCGGAAAUUAAUAGAAAAGAGAGCUUCAGGCAGCAGUCGUCGACAGUCAUGACCUCCUCCUGUCCCUAUACACCUACAACACUCCGGACAACCGUGAAACCCCGUCCAUGGGUGUCAUUCAAGCCUUAUGAAGGGCACGUCGAAGUCUCGCCCUUGCCCUUCAACCCUAGGUCCGAUGACUUACUUUGUGCAUACAAGAUCAGCACGCAUAUCAUACCUGCAGCCAAUCCCAGAGUCACCCCAGAUAUUCCUUUUCCAGAACCACUUCCUCGCUCUUCGAAAAGAAGAUCCGAGAGGGAUAUCAAGAAUUUAGGAGUUGAACUCAUGGAACAACAGGCCCGGCUAUGUGAGGACGGCUACUCCGGGGUCACAGACGAAAGGUUACUGUGGAAUUGCGUCAACCGAUAUGUAAAAAAGGACAAGGAGGCCAAAAUCAGAACGAAGGGGAUCACCUUGUUCCUUGUGCACGGAGCGGGUUUUCCGAAGGAAAUAUGUGAAACCAAUUUAUGCUAUCUCCUAGCUACCUGUGGCGUCAUAGAUGAAAUCUGGUCAUGGGAAUCCGUGCAACAUGGGGAUUCUGCUCUGCUAAACAGACAGAAUCUCAGUGGUAGCUUUGAUUGGACUGACAAUGCGAGAGACAUUGCAAACUUUCUCAUCAACUAUAUGCCAGAAGAGGUAGAAACAUCAUCUCUCCCUAUCCAACUUCAUCGAGUUCCUGCAUCCAUUGGUGAAUCACGCCAAAAGAGUGGCUUCUCCUCCCGGACCUUGGUCGUGACAGGACACUCGUUUGGAGGUUGCUCGGUGACGUUAGCCGCGUUGCAUUUCCCUGCCUUGUUCUCCUCGAUGAUACUCGUCGAUGCGAUAAUUGAUACUUUCCAAGAAUCUGUGUGGGAGCUCACACAGAAUGUGGUUGGGGCUACUUUGAUAAGGCGCGAUCAAUGGCCAUCACGGGAGGACGCCCUGCGUUCCUUUAAAUCUUCACCUGCGUUCUCUGCUUGGCAUCCUGACGUCCUUCGGCUCUAUGUUGAUUUUGGACUGUACGAGGAUGAAAGCGGAUGUGUCAGAUUGAAAAUGCCUCCAAUUCACGAGGCUCUUAUCGCUGCGAACCCACGAGCUAGGUGUGAAACCUGGGAAUUGAUGGAAAAGCUUGACGAAAAGAUUGAGCUACUGUGGAUUCUUCCCGGAAAAGAAAGCCUGGAUGUGACGAUGCUAGUGGAACUGAGGAAGCAGCGUGCUUGGCGCAGACCUGCAAAUUCAUCCAACAUCAUCUUUAAGUCAUCUAGCCAUCUCAUUCCUCAGGAGUCUCCAGAAGAGCUUGCAGGAGUUAUGGCCGACUUCCUGAACAGGAAAUACGAUAUUUCCUCAGGGAGAUCAAAGCUCUAGAAUUGCGUACAUAAACGAGUGUUGUGCGACACUACACCCGGAAACUUGAGCAACCAGUCCGACGUGUAUAUCAAUGGGUCGAGUAUCUAUUUGUUUAUGUCCUGGAUAGUAUUACAUGGCA